AUGAUGAGCUUCAAAUUUAUAUGGAUACCUGCGCUUAUGGUUCUGCUUUUCCUGGUCAUAUUGAACAGCUAUAUAUACAUUAACCAAGAUAAUUUUAUCUUUCUAAAACAAGAUAUCAAUCCCAAUAAAAUUCGUCCUCAUGGCAGUAACUUCGAAGAUGUAUAUCUAAAUAUGGAUGAUGGUAGUUUAUUUAAAUGUUGGUUUGUGAAAACAGAAGAUUAUAAAAAUAAGCCAGUUCUGUUAUACUAUCUUGGAAAGGGUGGAUACAUCGAGAAAUAUGUCACAUUAUUUAAUACGAUUGUGAAAAAAGUAGAUGUGAGCAUUUUUUCCUGUUCAAAUAGAGGAUGUGGUACGAAUAAAGGAAACCCAUCCGAAGAACAAUUAUACAAGGAUGCUCUUGUCCCAUUAAAUUAUUUGAAGAAAAUACAGACAAAGCAGUUAUUCAUCUUUGGAAAUUCUAUGGGAUGUGCCAUUGCUCUCGAAACAGCUUCUAAGAACCAGGAAAACAUACAUGGAAUAAUCCUGGAAAAUCCUUUUCUUAGUAUUAAGGAUAUGUCAAAUAAGAACCAUCCGUUUCUGAACUUUUUUCUCAUCAGCUUUGACAUUCUAAUAAGAACAAAAAUGGAGAAUAAUAAAAAAAUUAAAAAAAUACAUAUCCCGAUAUUGUUCAACAUUUCAGAAAAGGAUGAAGUUAUCCCACCAGAACAUUCGAAGAUUUUGUUUGAGCUUUGUCCAAGCAAAAAUAAAUUCAGAUAUUUUUCAAAAAACGGAACACAUAAUAAUAUUAUAAAAGAUGAUGAUGGUUCAUAUCACAAGUUUAUGAAAUUAUUUAUAGAAACUGCAACUAGCCUCCACGAUAAUCAAAAUAAGAAAAACAUAGACGACCUACUACCUGAACCUCAAGUCUAA